AUGCAACAGCUCGGCAGACAGUCCGCUUCCUACGCAGCAGCUUUCCCCGCCCUCUCGGAGGUAUAUAACCUCACUACAAUUCUCGAACCAGAAGACGAAGCAAGCGGUCGAAUUGCAACAAACAGCAGCAACAGCAGCAGCAUCAAAACUAGCGAGUCUGUUGCUGUGCCUGCAGGGACAGCCCAAACAGGACAGCCUUUGGCCCCUUCGGACGAUAUCUUGACAGCACCCUCUGGCAGCAACCAGAAGCUGCAGCCUGUACAGGAAGCAGACAGCAGCAGCGAAAGCAGCAGCAGCAACGGCAGCGGGAGCAGCGACAGCAACAGCGGAGGAAACCCUAACGGUGGAUCUGCAGAGACAUCAGCGAAUUGCCUGUCUUCUUUUAUUCGCCCUCCCAACCUGCGCUAUGCUCAUUCGCCCGACACUUUUAGGCCAGCAGUUGCUGCUGAACGGCCUCUCCGAAACCCUUCUAAGGCCAUUCGUCAGCAGCAGCAGCACCAUCACAAGCAUCAGCACACGCAGCAGCAGCCGCAUCAGCACCAGUCUCCUCCUUGUACACCUCCGCAGAGGCGCUGCAGACCUUCUAAUGGUCCUCGACCUCCUGUUGAGUUGCCCGUGAGUCCAUUUGUAUUUCAGAGACAAAUUCCAACACCGCCGCUGCCACCUCCGCCUGCUGCGGAGAGCAACCCGAGGCAGCAACAACAUCAGCAACAGCAGCACCAGCAGCAGCAGCAGCAAUACCAGCAGCACUCGCAGCAGCAGCCGCUCCAGCAUCAGCAGCAGCAUCAGCAUCAGCAACAGCAAUUGCAGGUACAGCAGGCUCAGCAGCAGCAUCAGCCGGGUUUAUUGCAACAGCAACAGCAGCAACGCGCAGCUGUUCGACAGCAGCGUCAGCAGCAGGGUGCACAUAUGUGUGCUCCUGCUGCUGCUUUAAGAAAGGCAGGUGCAGGUGCUCAUUACCUGCAACAGUUGGAGUUGGUGCAGGGUUGUGGGUCUCGGAAGAGUUUUGCUUCUGCAUCUGCUGCAUCUGGUGGUGCUGCUGGUUGUUCUGGCACUGUUGCCGGUGCUGCUGCUGGUGGUGCUGGUGGUGGUGCUGGUGGUUCUUCCUGCUGUACCGUGCCGGGUGUACUGAGCAGCAGCCCUGCAGACGCUUGCCGCCGUCUGCCGUAUCCCCUGAACAGUCUGUGUCUGCUGCCUCUUGCAGACAAUACAUUUAGAGCCGUCAACAGGGGCUACCAACGGGAACUGCAGCGCCAAAGAGUAGCAGGGGUAGAUGUAUGGAGGUUGUCAGGUGGGUGUAUUUUACCGCGGCUGGAGGGCUCAGCCCUUUGCUGCUGUCUAGUCGAGGGAGGCCCCAGAGCCCUGCAGAGUCUGCAAGAGGCCUUGCUAAGCUGCGUACAGUUCCUGUAUCGAGAAGGCAUCAAGCCGUUUGCAGGGGAAAUAGCCCAUCAGCUGCGUAAACGUACUGAAGCAGCCGCGUGGCUGCCUUCUGAGGUCGUAGGGCUUGCUAUGACGACCCCAGAAGUGUUUGCUAAGAUAGAAAGAAGAGUAAAGGGAGAAGACGGAUGGGUUGUUCUCUUGAAGAAACAAAAAGAACCGCCAGAGUUCAAAGGAUUUGUAGACACCCGAGCCAAAGACAACGUCUACUCCCAAGAACAGUGGAUAGAGUUCAACAAUUACUUUAUAGAGAAGCUGCGCCAGGGAAGCAGCACGUCUCUGUCUUCUUUUUCCGAAGGCCGAUAUGCCUUGGCCGAGCACCUGCGGGAAGAAGUCCCCGCAUUCAAGAAGAUGCGUCUCGCCCACCUAAUUAGGAUGAUUCAACUUGCUUCUUGGAGUCGUGUGCUCACAUACAGAGAUAAAGCGCUUAUUCCCGUUGCUGCCUGCCCUGCAGCAGCAAAAGAAUUCCUCCAGAGACACUGCCCCGAUCCCAGUGGAGACCGAGCAGCCGCCGCCGCAGCAGCAACUGCUCACCUGCUGCGGGUGCUGAAACGCAUAGUUGACGGAGAGCCCUUAGGGAUUUUCUUAGCCCAACUUAAGGAUCUGAUACGCUGGUCGACGCACGAGCGGCUGGAUGCAGGGGUGUACGGGCAUCCUAAGCUGCAGGAUCUGCUGCUAUCGGAGCCCUUCUCCCUUUUCUACCGCCUCUACACCCCAGAGGGAAACGAACACUGCACGUAUGUUCAGUCCAAGCAGUAUCUGCUGCCAAGGGGAGCUGUGCUACAUAAGAAAGCAACAGUUGUAUGGAGGCACAAAGAAUGCCCCAUGGGCUUCCAGCCCUCUCCCCUCAACGGCAGCCGCAUCUGGCAGUUCAAAGCCCUCAUCCCCAUUGAACCUCAGCAAGAAGAAGAACAGCCCAACCACAACCAAACAAAACCAUGGAGUCAAGUGCAACUCCAACAAAUGCAAAUGCAACAGCAGCAGCACCAGCACCAGCAGCAGGGGAUAAGUUCUCUUGGUCCGUGGUGGCAGGCAGACGCACAAGACCCGAACGUCCCCUCUCCAGAACUCCUCUCCGAACAGCAGCAGCACCACUACCAGCAGCAGCAGACACCGCUGCAACGCCAUCUGCAACAGCAAGGAUGUGGGACCAGCACCUUCAGUGGCAGCGGUAGCACCAGCAGCGGAUUUAUGCGCGACGGCGAUUGGGCAGAGCAGGAGGCAUUCAACUUUGAAUCAGAAAGAAGAAGCGAAAACAUCCACUGCCUCUCUCCUCCGUACAACAACCGAAUAUCGAAAGUAGCAAGAAAAGGAGCUGCUGCUGCUGCUGCAGACAAAAUGCAGCCAGCAACUGCAACACGCAUGCCGCCCCCGCCACAACAAUACCUUCAGCAGCAGCAACAGCAGCAGCAAUUCAACGGUUGGCAAAGCGGCCGGCGAUGUAUGCUUCCCUUUGAAGCAGCAAACUGGCAGCAGCAUCAGGAGCAGCAAGAGCAACAGCACUUGCACCAGCAGCUGCAGGGGGAUUCUGUUGUUAGCAGCUGCUGGGGAGACAGCAGCAGCGACUGCCCUCUGAGCAUCGAACACUCAGUGCUACAACUCGUUCAAGAAAGCCCAGCCCGACCAUGUGGUGAUCGGCUCCCACAGCAGCAGCAGUUCCUGCAGCUGCAGCUUCUGCAGCAGCAACAACAGCAACAUGAGCAGCACCAACAGCAACAACAACAACAGCGAGAACAGCACCAACAGCAGCAACAACAGCAGCGAGAAAAACAACAGCAGCAGGAACAGCAGCUGCAGCAGCAACAGCAGCAACAACAACAGCAACAGCAACAACGGCAGCAGCAGCAGCAGCAACAGCGGCACCAGCAGCAACAACAGCAACAGCAGCAGCAACAGCAACAGCAACAACAGCAGCAACAACGAAAUCAUAAGCAGCAGCAAGGAUUUGCAUCAAGAGGCGAGUUUUAUGCUGAAUCAGUGGGGGACGUAGCACCUACAGCAGCACUAGCUGCUGCUAUCGGCGCAGGGGCAGUAGCAGUAGCAGGAGGAAACCAGCAACGAGCUGGCUGCAGCAGCCGCUGUGUGGAUUAUUGCCUCUCAGAGUAUCUAAAGAAGGAAGGAGACGCCACAGCAGCAGCAGCAGCAGCAGCAGAACGGUUUACUCCAAGUUCCUGCGGGGACGGCAUGACAGCAACGGCCCCACAGUCUCCAAGCGCCUCUUCACAAGAAAAAGAGAGAAGAGAGGACAAAGUGCAGCAAAGAGAAGGAGAAGUGAGCAACCCCAACAAGUUUAGUGUGCCUCCUCUUGGCCAGCAGCAGCAGCAGCAGCAGCAGCAGCGGAAACAGCAGCAGCAACAGGAACAGCAGAAAGACGGGACAUCUGUCUUCCUACAGCCUGGUAAGUUGACAGCUACAGGGAGUGCCUCUACACAGACGAAGGCGCAGUUUAUAAAGGGAAAGCAGCAGCAAAUAGAGCAGCAGGAGGAGAAGCAGCAGCAGCCUCAGGGGCAUGAGCAACUGGUGGAAGGCACGGAGCAGCAGCAGGAGCAGCAAGAGCAUCAGAUGCUGCUGCAGCAGGAGCAAUUUGAGCAGCAGCAGGAGCCUCUUCCUGGUUUAAGGUUUCUAUGGGGUCACCCUGUUACUCUUUUUGCUUCUAAUCUGCAUAAUGCUGCAGCAGCAGAUCUUCCUUUUCUUCCUCUUUGCUGCGAUAGCUCCCCAAGGGAAAUAUAA